AUGGAAAAUUCAACUAAAAUCACAGAAUUUGUUUUUGUGGCCUUUGCAUUUCCUCAAAGAUUCCAAUACUGUAUGUUUUUUAUAUUCCUUAUUCUUUAUGUAUUGCUGCUCAGUGGCAACAUUCUUAUCAUGAUGACAAUUAGAGCUGACCCUCACCUUCAUUGCCCUAUGUACUUUUUCUUGGCCAAACUUUCCUUCAUUGACCUCUGUUACUCGUCUGUGACUGUUCCGAAAAUGUUGGCAGACUUACUGUCUGACAGGAAAACUAUUUCAUUUAAUGGGUGUAUAACCCAACUCUACUUCUUUCACUUCUUUGCCUGUGCAGAAUGUUUUCUUUUUACAGCUAUGGGCUAUGAUCGCUAUGUGGCUAUCUGCAAACCACUGCACUACUCCACAAUAAUGAAUAGAAAACUCUGUCUGUGGAUGGUGGCAGCAACUUGGACCAUUGGCUUUGUCCACUCAAAUAUCCAGACUUCUCUAACAAUGGGAUUGCCAUUUUGUGGUCCAAAUGAAAUAGACAGUUUUUUCUGUGACAUCCCCCCACUGAUUAGACUAGCAUGCAGUGACACGAAGAUGAUAGAUGCUAUGAUAGUGGCCAAUAGUGGCUUUGUUUCACUCGGCUGCUUUCUAGCAGUUUUAUUUUCUUAUAUUGGAAUUGGCUCAACUAUCCUAAAAAUUCGCUCAGCUGAAGGAAGGCGCAAAGCUUUUUCUACCUGUGUUUCCCAUUUAACUGUAGUAACUUUUUUCUUUGGUCCGUGCGUCUUUAUCUAUAUGAGACCCUCAACCGCCUUGAAAGUUGACCGAGUUGUGACUGUAUUUUACACAGUGAUAGCACCCAUGCUAAACCCAGUCAUCUAUACACUGAGAAAUGAGGAGGUCAAAACAUCCAUAAAAAAAGUCUGGCGUAGGGGAAUCCUGUAUAAGUGA